GUGUGUUUCCUUAACCGAUAUUCACAACGAACGAGUGGCGGGCACAGCUUUGCUUCAACUUCAUUCAAUUCAAUGCCAAUUCCCAAACCCAUCUCAUAAAAUUCCAAAAUAUCCAAAUUAAAUCCCCCAAAAUUAUAUAAACAAACGGAUUAUUACGCCCAAUAAUUAUUAAUUUCCCACACCAGUUCUCUUCUCUCUUCCGCACUCGCUCUCAGGCCAUGACUCUGCAACUCCAAGCUCCGUCCUUCCGCGUCAGCAUUUCCUCCUUCGUUUCUCCUCUCAGACGCUCCACCCACCGCCAUGUAAUCCGAGCUCAAGCGGAACCAUCAGAGAAAUCUGUUGAAAUUAUGAGGAAGUUCUCUGAGCAGUAUGCUCGCAAGUCUGGAACAUACUUCUGCGUGGAUAAGGGAGUGACUUCUGUUGUUAUCAAGGGAUUGGCAGACCAUAAAGAUUCAUUGGGAGCGCCACUCUGCCCUUGUCGGCAUUAUGAUGACAAACCUGCCGAGGCUGGCCAAGGCUUUUGGAACUGCCCAUGUGUUCCUAUGAGAGAGAGGAAGGAGUGCCACUGCAUGCUCUUUCUCACUUCUGACAAUGAUUUUGCUGGACCGGAACAGACCAUCUCCUUGGAAGAGAUCAGAGAAUCAACAGCAAACAUGUAAUAAGCUUUAGUGUGUAUUGAAAAGUACGUGUAAACAGUCCACUUCUGUAUUUGUGAAAGGAAAAAAAAUUGAAGAAAAGCUCCUCUUUUGAAUGUCUGAUCUUUGUUCUAGUUUGAAAAUAUCCCAUGGACUUGUCAUAUUCUCAUAGCUCCAACAUUGAUGUAAUUUUAAUCGAUCACCAAUUUUUGUGUCGACCGACA